UCAGAGUACAAAGUUGAGUCGUAGGAUUGGAAUACAGUAUAGGGAAAAUAAGUGGAAGAAUUAACAGGCAGUAGGAGCAAGAAUAGAUGAAGAGGACCUGCUGAUAAGGGAUACCAAGCCCUUAGAGGUCACAAGAAGGAGAGGAAGAGGGAGGAUACUCACUUGAGGGCCUUUGCACAGAGGGUGUUAUGAGUAAAAGUCACGCAGUCCAAAGAAUGAAAUAUGUCCGUCAGUCUGGUGGUAAUCAGACUUGAGACUGCCGAGGACAGCCCGACCCUGAGUCACAUAGAAUAUCGAGCUCCCAAGGCCCACAGCGGAAAGUGCCGUGACCGUGAGGCAAGCCCCUCAGAGUGGCCUUUCUUGGUGACUGACACUCUUCUGUCCAUGCACCGAGGCCGCAGAGAACCAGUCCAGCUCACUGUUACCACACUUGAUGAAAACUUAAUUGCUAAGGCUGUGGCAGGAAGUGAAAGUGAGGACGAACACUGUGAACUUCAAGCUGAAGGUGGUGCCAUGGAGAAGACAGAGACUAGCCCAGAGGCAGUGCCCCUGAGUUCUGGCGGGGUACUGCCACGCACCAGUAAAGAGUCCACUCCAGGAGCCUCAAGCAGCAAGGAAGGCACCCCAGGGCUAGGAGAGGAUGGCAGCAGCAGUGGCCGACGCUCCCGUCCCAUCAAGGACCGAGUCACCUUUGUCUCUGGCAACCCCAUGGUGGACGUGACUCAUGGCAUCCUCCAUCUCUACAAAGAAAACACAAAGACAAGCCUGGAUGAGUCUGAGCUGCGGUCGGAGAUGCUGUGUAUGCUGGCUGUGCCUACUGCUUUGACCAUCCAUGACCUACUGCAGUUCACUGCUCCAUGCUAUUCAGUCAUCCAGAACAUGCGCAUCAUCAGGGACCCAACACCUAACCAAUAUAUGGUUCUCAUCAAGUUCAGGACACAGAGUGAUGCUGACAUGUUCUACAACACAUUCAAUGGCCAGUGUUUUAAUAGCAUCGAGGAAGACAUUUGUCGGCUGGUGUACGUGGCUCGAGUGGAGACAACCAAGGAGUCAGAGAAUGGUGGUCUCCCCAUUCCUGGCCACACAGAGCUGCCCAACUGUCCUGUAUGUCUAGAGAGGAUGGAUGAGUCAGUGGAUGGUAUCCUGACCAUCUUGUGCAACCACUCUUUCCAUGGUGAAUGUCUGGCAAAAUGGGGCGACACCAGCUGCCCUGUGUGUCGCUACUGCCAGACCCCAGAGGAGAUCCCUGACCAGAGGUGCUCCCUGUGUGGAUCAGCAGACUCACUCUGGAUCUGCCUCAUCUGUGGCCAUGUUGGCUGUGGCCGCUAUGUUGGGGGACAUGCUCACAGGCAUUUCAUGGAAACCAAUCAUGUAUUCUCACUGCAAGUGGGAAACAACCGGGUGUGGGAUUACGUGAGAGACAACUAUGUGCAUCGCCUCCUGCAGAGUGAGGGUGAUGGAAAGGUUGUAUCCUACGAGCGAAUGUCUCCUGUAGCCGACACCAAGGAGGAAGUAAUGCAAGGGGAGGAAAAACUGACAGCCUUGCAGCUUGAAUACACUCAUCUGCUUUCCACACAGCUUGAGUCUCAGAGACAGUUCUUUGAAAACAAAAUAGCAGAGGCACAGGCAAAUGCUCUGCAGGAGGCUAAAGAAUCCAGAGAAGAGACUAAGAAGCUUGGAGAAGAGUUUCAGAAGGUGAAGCAGGAUCUGGCUGCUGUGACACGAGACAAACAAGCACAAGACAAGAAGCUACAACAAAUGGCCCAGAAAGUUACAAAGUUGACCAAGGAUCUGGAAACAGAGCAGCAACUCAACAUUUCCUUACGUCAGGGGAAACAGGAGUGGGUGUCUAAAGUGGUGAACUUGCAGACUACUAUUGAGCAGAAGGAUCAGAGGAUCCUAGAGCUAGAGUCACAGGUGAGCGAUGUGAUGGCUCACAUGGAGGCCCUGUCAACAGUGAAUAGCAACCCAGAGCUCCAAGGUGGCAAGCUCUGCAUUGCUCCAGGUGCCUCCAAGCCCCAGGGUGCAAGGCGGAAACACCGUAAAUAGAGAGCCCUCUGCAGUGCUCAGAUCACAUUUAUAAGUUAUUGUUACUUAUUAUCAACUUCUUCCUGAUCUCUCUCUCUCUCUCUCUCUCUCUCUCUCUCUCUCUCUCUCUCUCUCUCUCUCUCUCUCUCUCUCUCUCUCUCUCUCUCUCUCUCUCUCUCUCUCUCUCUCUCUCUCUCUCUCUCUCUCUCUCUCUCUCUCUCUCUCUCUCUCUCUCUCUCUCUCUGUUCCAAACUGCCAGUAUUAUAACCUUUUCUAUAAAUUACAGUGUUGUUUUUAACCAGUUUCCAUUUUAUAAUUGUGGAACUUUUUUCUUCUUAUUCUCAUGUAUGUUCAUAUUCUGUCAUAUCUGGUUAUUUGAUUACAUUUAUCUUUCAUGUUUUUUCUUAUGUUCUCAAUCAGGCUCUUUAUUUCAUGUAACUAAUUUGUUUUCCUUUUUAAUAUACCCUUUAGCUCUG